AUGGUAACGGAUUUUUUCUAUCCACAACCAGGUGGGGUAGAGUUCCAUGUAUAUCAUCUUUCACAAAAAUUAAUUGAUUUAGGACAUUCAGUAAUAAUAAUAACUCAUAAUUAUGGAGAAAGAAAUGGUAUAAGAUAUUUAACAAAUGGGUUAAAAGUUUAUUAUGUUCCAUUUUGGGUAUUAUAUAGAUCGUCAAGUUUCCCGACAGUUUUUUCUGCAUUUCCAAUUUUAAGAAAUAUUUUUAUACGUGAACAAAUUGAUAUUAUACAUGGACAUGGAUCUUUGAGUACUUUAGGUCAUGAAGCUAUAUUACAUGGAAGAACAAUGGGGAUGAAAACGGUUUUCACUGAUCAUUCAUUAUUUGGAUUUGCAGAUUUCGGAUCAAUUUGGGGUAAUAAAGUAUUGAAAUUUGCAAUUAGUGAUGUUGGUCAUGUUAUUUGUGUUAGUCAUACUUGUAAAGAGAAUACAGUAUUGAGAGCAAGUCUUGAACCGUGGAAAGUGUCUGUUAUUCCAAAUGCUGUUGUACUGAAAGAUUUUCAACCAGAUUAUAACAAACCAAAAACUAGUGAUACUAUUACAAUUGUAGUAAUAACGAGGUUAUUCCCCAAUAAAGGUGCCGACUUAUUAAACGCAAUUAUACCUAAAAUUUGUCUAGCCAAUUCCAAAGUCAAUUUUAUAAUAGCGGGAGAUGGACCAAAAUUUUUAGAUUUAGAACAAAUGAGAGAAAAAUAUUUCUUACAAGAAAGAGUUCAAUUAAUCGGUGCAAUAAAACAUGAAGAAGUAAGAGAUGUUAUGGUGAAAGGUGAUAUAUAUUUACAUCCCUCAUUAACAGAAGCAUUUGGUACAGUUAUUGUAGAGGCAGCAUCUUGUGGAUUAUAUGUUGUAACUACAAAAGUUGGAGGUAUUCCAGAAGUUUUACCAUCAAAUAUGACAAGUUUUGCAGAACCUGAAGAAAAUUCAUUAAUUGAAACUACUUUAUUAGCUAUUAAUAAACUAACAACUGGGGAGAUUGAUACUAAAAAUUAUCAUGAAAAAGUUGCCAAGAUGUAUAGUUGGCAGAAUAUUGCCAAGAGAACUGAAACUGUUUAUGAUUCAUUAGAUUUAAAUCAAUUGAAUGAACCUUUAAUUGAUAGAUUGAGUAAAUAUUAUUGUUGUGGUAUAAUUGCUGGUAAAUUAUAUGUCUUGGUUGUUAUUGUUGAUAUAUUUAUAUACACUAUAUUGGAAUGGCUAUACCCUGCCGAACAUAUUGAUUUUGCAACUAAAUGGAAGCAGAAGAAGAAGAAAAAUCCGGAUUUUUUUUGA